AUGCCUAGUUAUGUGAAGUUUGUGAAAGAAAUUUUGUCAAAGAAAAUGAAACUGGGGGACUAUGAGACAGUGGCACUUACUAAGGAGUGCAGUGCAAUACUUCAAAAGAAGCUACCUCCCAAGCUUAAAUAUCUUGGUAGUUUUAAUAUCCCAUGCUUUAUAGGGGGCUUAGUGGUGACAAAGGCUUUAUGUAAUUUAGGGGUCAGUGUAAAUCUAAUGCCUCUAUCAAUCUUUCACAAGUUGAAAUUGGGAGAAGCUCGAUCUACUACUGUGUCCUUACAAAUGGCGGAUCGUUUAGUUAAACAUCCUCAUGGAGUGAUUGAGAAUGUAUUGGUGAAAGUGGACAAAUUCAACUUGUUUCCUGCAGACUUUAUUUUUCUUGAUAUGGAGGAAGAUGAAAAUAUUCCAAUAAUUCUUGUGUUGAUCCUCGAUUUGGCCAAAGACACGUAG